AUGAGAUAUUAUUCGCGGCAGGCAUAUUGGGAUAUGCUGCACAUGCUCACGGGUUUCAUGCCGGAGGACGAGGCGGUAGCGUCUGGGUCCAGUCGUAUACAGUUGUUCCCUAUUAGAGACCACAUGGUGCAGAUCCACCAUACUAUCACCGAUGAGUCAACGGAGGUGGAUGUACAGCGAUAUACGAGGCUGUUGUUGCUCCUUCUAUUUUUGGGGGUCUUGUUCCUGAACACUUCGGGGAACCUAGUGAGCCUCCGUUUUCUGCAUCAUAUUGCCCGGUUUGAGGAUACAUCUUUGUACAACUGGGGUGGUGUUGUCAUCUCAUAUCUGUACAGGCAGAUGUGCCUGGCUUGCAUCGGCACACAGAGAGACGUUGGUGGCUUUCUGCCGCUUCUACAGGGAUGUGUUGGAUCUGCUAUAAAAAGCACAGGUGAAUAUCUAACUAAACUUACUUGUUAUAGAUUAACUUAG